AUUACUGCCAGUAAUACCCUCUAUAUAUGUAUUAUGUUAGAGCCACACUAGUUAUUCACUGGGAACAAGUCGCUGACGAUGUUUGAACGAGCAGUCUUCCUGCUGUGUCUGCCAGCCAUAUGUUUUUCAUUUGCUCUGUUUCCCUAUUAUGACCAUGAGACACAACGCCGGCAGAUCCCUGAGGAUCAAUGUAUAGAGUCGCUGACCCCCUGCAUUCAUUACUUCCGCUAUAUACACACCAUGGAGGGCCCACAGAACAUCGUUGUGGAUGGGAGGAUUGCUUUACCCUGCGAGUCCAGGAUCCUGGAGGGAUUCCGGAACUGUACUGAUGUUACCAGACAGUGUAAUGAGAUGGAAUCAUACAUGACCCUGAGACUCUUUUACAGUCAGUGGAAUUUCAUUUGCCAGAACAGUCAAGCAUUUGUAGCGGGAGAAAAGUGCUUAAACAACUCGAUGCUUCAGUCGUCGUUAUCAAUGUGCCGGAAUUAUCCGGAUGAUAUGUGUUUAUCUACUUGCGUCAGAGAACGUGUGGCGGAGACGCCCGAUUGCUCAACAGACGACUCCAUUCUCUUGGGUCGCCUGAUGGCCACUGCCCUGGAGCAAUUACCGGGACGAUGCUAGAUUCGGAUAACGCAUCUGUCUGUAGAAGGAAAUACCCAUGAAAUCUGAAGGUGUUCCCAGCUUUCACAAGGGACCGACCAGGAAAUCCACAGAUGACACAGGAAAACAUAUCUGUUGAAACUCAUCGAAUAAGAUCAAUAAAAUAUUCAGAUCCCCAA